AUGGCCUUUAGACGCUACGACGUGCAAUCCGAGUCUGCACAGUCGAGCUGGGCCCGACGGCGGGCGUCGCUGCCUCCCACUGGGCCCGCUGCUACUGCUGCUGAGCCUGCUGCGGCCGAGAGCAAUCCUCAAACUCCAGAAGGAAGUCCAAAGGCUCCAAAAGCACUCUUAUACGAGGCUAAACGACGGCCAUCGUGGGGCGUCGGUCACCGUAGGAGUUCAAGCUCGAGCACGGGCUCGCAGACAAACUUGAUCCCCAUCAAAGACAAGCCCGCCGUUGAAAAUCCAGCGAUGCAAGCCCUCAAGCUGCAGAAGAAGUAUGCGGGAGUCGUUACACAGGAGGAAAUGUUAGAGUUGAUCAACAAAUUCAAUGCGAUCGACACGGAUAGCACAGGACGCGUAACAAAGACGGCAGUCAUCAACGCUAUUCAGAGCAGCGGCGCGGCCACCUAUGAUCGUGCACGAGAGACGCUCAAGGACGUCAGCGUGGACGCGUCGGGAAAGGUGGAACUGGAAGAUUGGGUCGAGCUCAACGUCAAGCUCAAGCAGCAGGCCCAGCCGGUGCUACCCACCAGAGCAGGCAAAGUCACCGUCAAAGGUUCAAAUGCAAACGUCAGUCAUACAAUAAACGAAGAUGAGAGAGAACAGUUUACCAGUCACAUCAAUGGCGUCCUGGAAGGCGACGAGCACAUCGGAAGCCGUCUGCCGAUACCAACCAAUAAUAUGCAAAUCUUUGACGAGUGCAGAGAUGGCCUCUUACUUUGCAAACUCAUCAACGAUUCCGUCCCCGACACGAUUGAUAUCCGUGUCUUGAACAUGCCGACAGCCAAGAGGCCCCUCAACAACUUCCAAAUGACCGAGAACAACAAUAUUGUCAUAACAUCUGCCAAGGCCAUUGGCUGUUCGGUUGUCAAUAUUGGCUCCUCUGAUAUUGCCGAGGGACGGGAACAUCUCAUCCUCGGUCUCAUUUGGCAAAUCAUUCGACGUGGACUCUUGAAGCACGUCGACAUCAAGAUCCAUCCCGAACUCUACCGUCUCUGCGAAGAAGGAGAAACCAUCGACGACCUGCUCAAGCUCACCCCCGACCAAAUCCUCAUCCGAUGGUUCAACUACCAUCUCAAGGCAGCAGGAUGGCAUCGACGAGUGGCCAACUUUAGCAAAGACGUCUCGGACGGAGAGAACUAUACCGUCUUGCUUAACCAACUCAAGCCCGACGAAUGUUCGCGGGAUCCGCUAAAGACGACGGACAAGUUGAAGCGUGCAGAGCAAGUGCUCCAAAACGCAGACAAGAUUGGGUGCCGCAAGUAUCUUACCCCUCCGGCCCUCGUUGCGGGUAAUCCGCGUCUCAAUCUAGCCUUCGUCGCCAACUUGUUCAACACGUGGCCUUGCCUAGAACCGCUUGAACCAGGACAGGAUCUUGGUCCCGUCGACGACUUUGACGCAGAGGGAGAACGCGAAGCGCGUGUGUUUACCCUUUGGCUCAAUUCGUUGGACGUCGACCCUCCAGUCUACAACUUGUUCCAAGACCUCAAGAACGGUGUCGUCAUUCUAUCCGCGUUUGACAAAGUCGCACCAGGAUCCGUCGUAUGGAGACGAGUCUCCAAACCAAGAAACGUACCUGGGUCUCAAGACUUUGGCCAGAGUCCCCCUGAGAACGAAGACGAGGAAGAGACGGGUGUGACCCCGAAUAUGCCGCAGCUUUCGCGCUUCAAGUGUGUCGAAAAUACCAACUAUGCCGUCGACCUUGCCAAGGCCAACGGUAUGCACCUCGUCGGUAUUCAAGGUGCCGAUAUUGUCGACGGCAAGAAGACACUGGUCCUUGGUCUUGUUUGGCAAUUGAUGAGAUUGAACAUUACCAAGACGUUGACAGCGCUCUCUGGGAACAACAAGCCCAUUUCGGAUACAGAAAUCCUCAAAUGGGCAAACAGCAAAGUGGCGACCAAGCCAGGAUCCAAGCCAAUUCGCAGCUUCAAGGACCCGUCCAUCUCCACUGGUAUCUGGUUCUUAGACUUGCUCGACGCGAUGAAACCUGGCAUUGUCGACUAUUCGCUCGUGUCCAAGAAUCCUCAAGAGUACGAGGAGAAGAGGCAGAAUGCCAAACUCGCCAUUUCGAUUGCGCGCAAGAUGAACGCGCUCAUCUUCCUCGUUCCCGAGGACAUUGUCGAUGUUCGCGCGAAAUUAAUCCUCACGUUCGUGGGCAGUCUAAUGAGCUUAAAGGUUUAA